AUGCUAUUAUAUUUUACGACGUUUUUGAUAUCGCUGAAUUUGACUCUAUCACAAGUGACUGAAACGCAUAAAAUAUCGGUGAUUAUCUUUGGAGCAACGCGUUUCGAAGAUGCCAUUCAUUCGGUGGCGAGUGUCUUCGAAGAAGUCUUUGGAUCAGAUCAUUUUACGAUCGGUGCCACUGAGUUUAGACCCGAAUUUAUUGAUGCCAAAGUGCUCAAGGGAGAGAAUGAAACGAAUCAACUCGAGUUGGCUGCCGAAACGAUCUGUAAACGGGUGAUCAAUGGAUCGAUUGCGGCCGUGAUUUAUCGAAUCGGACAAGCACCCACCACACAUCAGGAUUACCUCUCGCUCGUCGCAACGACGGCUUUCUCGUUGGGACUCUAUCAGGUGCCGGUUGUUGCGGGAAUGGUUCGCGAUGAGAAAUUUGGCAAAAAGCUAGUCUACCCAACUUUUGUCCGACCUACUCCAUCUUUCGGCGAUGAAGCCCAUGUGUUUCUUCAGCUUUUAGAAAAACUUAACUAUCGGCAGGUGAGCUUACUGUAUGUGAAGGGCGAUCGAAACGGGGUUGCUUUCUAUCGAAUCUUUCGCUCUCGACGAAAAGAAUUUAAAGUGCAUGUUCAAUCUUAUGUGGAACUCGAGUUGAAUGACGAGUUGAACAACACGAUUGCCGAGAGUUUCGAGGAGAUCACAUCGAAUAUUAUUGUCCUAUUUGCAAGAAGAUCGGAUGCCACCGUAAUCUUUUCCGCUUGCCCACAAUUGACGUCGGGUGGAAAGCUUUGGCUGAUGAAUGAGGAGGCGAUGAAAGCAACGAAUGCGCCAUUUGGCUUGAUCUCAUCUCGACUCACACAAACACCCAGCGAGACGCUAAGAGAUUCAUUCGCUACCAUACGGUUUGGCCUAGAAGCGAUGGGUAAAGGAGCCGAAGGCUUGAAGCCGCCAACAACGUGUGAGCGCGACGCAAAUCCGAAAGCUGUCGAUGUUUGGCCCACCAUUCAAGCUCCAAUACUUUAUAAACAAAUCUGCUCUGGUGGCACAUCUCGACUUUUCUUUAAUUCGGUUUGCGCGAGAGAAGGAGUUGACUAUGAUUUGAUUAAUAAACGGCCUGAUGGAGCGAGAUAUGUUGGAAAUCUGACCUACGAGACUUUACGAAUCGAUGAGGGAUUGAUUUACUGGCCGGGCGGGGAAAGGAAACUACUUGAGAUCACUUUGCCGAGAGAGUUGAGAGUAGUGACAACCGAUGAUCCACCAUUUGUGUACACCCUGAAAGUCUUAAAUGGGUCGAUGUGUGAGAAAAUGACAAGAGAAGAGGUCAAUAUGAUUGGAGGGGAUUCCAUUUUCAUUGACGGCCCAUGGUACCCUUGCCCAAAAGCACUGCCAAAUGGUCAAAAAGAGCAUUACUGUUGUGCUGGUUAUGCGAUCGAUUUACUCUCGAACAUGUCACUUCCCGAGGAGGGAAGCUCUCUAGACACAUCUUUCUUUUUCUCACUUCAUCUGAAUGAUUCGUAUGGAAUGGUGACAGCUGAUCCGAUUGAUGGAGUCAUACUAACGGGAGCUUUGGGAGAACUCGUCACUGAUCUUGCUGAUAUGGCUGUUGGUGGUAUGACGAUCAACCCGGAACGUGAGCGUUUCAUCGAUUUCUCCGAACCGUGGCUCUAUCACGGGAUUCGAGUGAUGGAGAAAUCGAUCCCAAAAGAUUCGCCGAUGGAAUCCUUUCUGCAACCGAUGAAGAACUCGCUCUGGGGCGCGCUUCUCAUCUCGGUGAUCCUCGUCGGAUGCGUCAUAUUUGUCCUCGAUUUCAAGAGCCCCUUUGAUCGAUUUUAUAAAGUGGAUACAUCAACGCUUGAUCCGAGAGAUCCAUUUCUGCAAAGAGCGCCCGACGAUCGGGUCGAUUUCGGUGAAGCGAUGUGGUUUGUUUGGGGAGUGUUGCUCAAUUCGGGAGUCUCCGAAAAGACGCCUCGUUCCUGUUCGGCGCGGGUUCUCGGGAUUGUUUGGUGCGGUUUCUGUAUGAUCAUCGUUGCUUCCUAUACAGCCAACUUGGCCGCUUUCCUUGUUUUAGAUCAACCGGAAAAGGGCCUAACUGGAAUCACUGAUCCAAGACUCCGAAACCCAUCGACAAACUUCUCGGCGGCUACAGUGCUGAAUUCGAACGUCUAUCAAUACUUUAAGCGUCACGUGGAGUUGUCGACAAUGUUCCGAAAAAUGGAGAAACACAAUGUGGAUAAGCCGAGCGAUGCAAUCAAGGCUUUGUUGAAUGGUACACUGGAUGCGUUCAUCUGGGACUCAAGCCGAUUGGAGUUUGAGGCGUCGAGGUAUUGCUCGUUGAGAACUCGAGGCACGCUUUUCGGUCGAUCCGCCUACGGGAUCGGCUUGCAACGAAAUAGCCCGUGGACCCAGCACAUCACAGCCGCGAUUUUGCGAAUGACUGAGAGUGGACAAAUGGAGAAUCUUGGCAACAAAUGGAUCUCUUCGCCGACUUCUUGUCCGGUCGAGGUUCAAAAGACGCCGGCUAGAUUGGGUUUAACAAAUAUGCGAGAUGUGUUUGUUUUGGUUUCGGUCGGCGUUUUGAUCGGCAUUUUCUUUAGCUUUAUUGAAGUGAUUUACGGGAGAAAAAAGGCUGCGUAUGGGCGAAAAAUGGAGAUUGCGAAACGCUACGUGGCGAAAUGGCAGAGAAUCACCAAAAACCGAAAUCAUCGAUACCCAAAACGAUAUUCUUUGUUUCGGCCGGUGAUCCGAAAAGGAUUCGCUGGUAAAGAAGCUUUACCGUUAGAUGAAUGCCGGCGAAGGAUGAUCGCCAAACGGUCACGAAUCCCGCCAGUCGAUGUGCAUCUCGACACCGACUUUGCGCCAGUCUAUCGUUUUGGGAGACGCCCGGUGAUCACGUUUUGUAGUCGAUGUCGAAACCUUGUCGAAACAGAAGUCCACCAAGAAGCCGGCGCAAUGUCCGUCUGUCUUUGCGUUCUCCUUUCUCUUGUUUUCCUUUGGCCUUGUGCUCCACUUCCUUGUUUUCUCGCAAUCUGUGCUGAUUUCACACAUUUUUGCCCAUUCUGUGCACACGAAAUCGCGAAAUUUCGCCGUGGUCGCUCAACUCGGGUCUUUAUU